AUGCGCAUGAAUGUGGCUCGAGUCAAAGAUUCCAACAACGAAAUGGUCAGUAAGUUACUGCGCGUAAAUGGCACUCUCAGCAACCAAGACGUGGUGGUUUUGAUCGACAGUGGUGCCGAUCAUAACAUCAUUCGACCGGGUCUGGUAAGAAACAAGAUAAAGGAAACCGAAGUGUCCCCCGAGCGUUUUGACGGCACAACUACGCCAGUUCGCAAAGUAUUCCGUUGCCAAGAAACGAUCAAGUUUGACAACAAAGUUGCCAAGAAUAAUAACAAGUUACAUAACAAGCAACAUAAACAAGAAAUAAACAAGACAAAAGACGUGGAGACAAUGGCACAAGAAGUAAAUCCGAUGGAGAUGAUGAUGCACAUGCUGCAAGAGCAACGGAACAUGAUACAACAACAGAUGCAAAUGCAGCAAGACAUGAUAUCAGCAAUUCGUCCGGCACCGCGUGACAGUAACAAUCCGCGUGGACUGCGUGCAUAA